ACGGUAUUCCUUGCGAAGACGCUAUUCCCUGUGAAGACGGUGAAGGCGCUAUUCCCUGUGAAGACGCUGUUCCGGGUGAAGACGCUAUUCCCGGUGAAGACGCUAUUCCCGGUGAAGACGCUGUUCCCGGUGAAGACGACGCUAUUCCCGGUGAAGACGCUAUUCCGGGUGAAGACACUAUUCUUUGUGAAUGCGCUAUUCCAGGUGAAGAUGCUAUUCCGGGUGAAGACGCUAUUCCAGGUGAAGACGCUAUUCCCGGUGAGGACUCUCUUCCCUGUGAAGACGCUAUUCCCGGUGAAGACGCUAUUCCCCGUGAAGACGCUAUUCCCGGUGAAGACGCUGUUCCGGGUGGAGACGCUAUUCCUGGUGAAGACGCUAUUCCCGGUGAGGACGCUCUUCCUGGUCAAGACAUCAUUCCGGGUGACGACACUAUUCCCGGUGAUGAUGCUAUUCCCGGUGAAGACGCCAUUCCCGGUGAAGACGCUAUUCUGGGUGAAGAUGUUAUUCCGGGUGAAGACGCUAUUCCAGGUGAAGGCGCUAUUCCUUGUGAAGACGCUAGCUAUUUCGGGUGAGUACGCUAUUCCCAGUGAAGACGCUAUUCCGG